AGCAUUUUCCUUUUUUCAAAAACAAUUACAAAAUCAACAUAACAACAUUAGUAUGUCUUUUAGUAGCGACAAGGAGGAACUUCCGGAUCUACCAGAGAUCCAUGAGUUUCGCCAUAUUUCUCGCAAUCAACUGGAGGAUCAAUUUAAAAGACUGAUGCAGCUCGAGAAUGAGUUCAAGGGAUUUAAAAAGGAGAUGCAGACCACUACACUUGGCACUUUUGCUCAAGCUUCGAGUAAUACCAAAAUUGAACUACAUAGUUCAUCAUCAGACGAGAAAUCAGAUGUCCAUGACGCUUCGGCAGAUAACAAAGCGGUUGGAUGUUCUGAAAAGGUUGACGAAAAGAUGCGUAGUCAAGAAGUUCAAUAUGAGCUAAGGAUGCUUGUUCCUCAUUUAUCACCUGAGUUCAACUGUAGCUUCCAAGACGCUGUGCUUCUCAUCACAGCAGUCCGAAGAGGCCACGGUGAGGAGGGCAAAUGUUCGCUAUUAGAUAAAAUCACCGUUCUGGAGGCAGAAAAACGUUCCUUGUCUCAGAGACUUACUAAGAAAACUAAUGAGAGUGAGGAUCUUAGGUCUCAUCUAGUUGGUGUGCAGGCGAAGAUACAGGCUAUCAAGGAAGUGGAAAAGAACAAAAAUAACGUUUUAUCCAAAAGAAGAGAAGAAAUGAGAAAGCAACUUCUUAUUGAAGAAGGUAAAGUUCAAAAGCUAAACGUGAGGUAUAAAAAAUUAGAAGUUGAGCAUGAAGAACUUAAGUCUCGCAUGCGAGCAGGUCUUCGCUAGGAGGAAUCUGGGAUAGUUGCGUAUUUUCAAUUUACAAUAAUUUAUAUCUUAAGCUUUAUUCGUUUUAAUUUUAUUAUUUAUUCUUUCCUUUUCAUUUUUGCAGCAUAUCAUUAUUUACUUACUGUGAUUGCGCAAUGCUAACAGGUGCGUCGUCGUCGUGGAAAAAAUGUAAAA